AUGAAUAAAUCUUUUGCUGAAUUUGAAUUCAGUGCGAAGGGCAUGAAACAAAGAUCGGCCCCCGGAGUCGAGUCCGGACCCCGUAGCUGCUGGAGGGUUUGUGCAGCUGUUUGGUUGCAGUCGUUUAGUGCGGACACUUCGAGCUGGGAGGGAUCACAGCUGUUCCACGUUCACGAUGUGGUCAGCAUAAACACAGGAAGUCAGAGGGUUGGUUUAAAGAAGACCCUGAAGUUUUUGAACAUGAGCAUUCCUUUCAUAUUUGAACUGGAUGUGAGCGGCUUCGCGGGUCAGAUCAGCGCAGGGAUGGAUAUCCUCAACUCCACCCGCGUCCCCACCAACCAAUCAGACUUCGGCAGCACCUUCACCCGCCACGUCCUGCCGCCGCUCUACUUCACGAUCUGCGUGGUGGGGCUCAUCCUGAACAUCGUGGCUGCCUUUAUCUUCUUCAGGGUGACCAGUGACUCGGGCCUGGUGGUGUACUUGAAGAACAUGGUGGUGGCGGACCUCCUCAUGCUGGUCACCUUUCCCUUCAGGCUGUUGGCUCAGCUGGGCCUUGGCGGUUGGCGCCUCCAUGUGGUCACGUGUCGCUACACUGCUGUACUCUUCUACUCCUCCAUGUACGUGGGGAUCCUCUUCAUGGGCCUCAUCAGCCUCGAGCGCUACAUGAAGAUCGUCCGACACUCCUCCUCCUCUUCCUCCUCCUCCUGCAGGUCCCGAUUUUGCAGGGCAUCCUUGCUGCACCUCAUGCAGAGUGUCGGCUUUGCCCGGGUGCUGGCGCUCCUCGUCUGGAGCCUCCUCCUCCUCUGCGUCUUGCCCAACGUCCUGUUGACCAGCAAGCCGGCCCAUGAGGGGAACUCGCGGCACUGCAUGCAGCUGAAGACGCCGCUGGGCGUGCAAUGGCACCGGGCAUCCACCCUCUUCAGCGUUAGCCUGUUCUGGGUGACCCUGCUGGUCCUCGUCUUCUGCUACACCUCCAUCGCCUGCCAGGUCUACCGGUCGUACCGCCGUGUGCGCCACAACAACAGUGACAUCCGCCGUAGGUCAAACCGCAGCAUCUUCAGCAUUCUGGCAGUGUUCUUCGUCUGCUUCGUGCCGUACCACGUCAGCCGCGUGCCGUACACUCUGAGCCAGAUGCCAGCGUCGGGCUUCAGCCGGGACGCUCGCUUCCUGCUGUUCCAGGUGAAGGAGGGGACGCUCUUCCUGGCGGCGCUCAACGUCUGCCUCGACCCCAUCAUCUACUUCCUGAUGUGCCAAACCUUCAGGGAGUCACUGCUGAGGAAACUGUCAGGAAGAGAGAGGAGAAGAUCCCUGACCACCGCCCAGAGUCUGUCCAACAUUUAGGACAGAGGAGACAUGAGAGGAGACGAGAAUCGUGAAGUAUGAAGUGCAGACAAUGUCCAGAGAAUCAGUUGUCAGAGGUGUCCUUUCACACAUGUAGGACAGUGUGUUCCCAGCUGCUGGAAACAGCUGGUUUAGACGAGGGGUUAAGCCUCGGUGGUGCAGGAGGUGGAGGAGAACGAGGAGGAGGAGGAGGACUCAUUGCAGUGUCAUGUUUGACUAAAGGAAUGACUGGGGGAAAGAAGUUGGCCCUGAAUGCACCACCUUUACACGUUUCUCUGAAAGCAGAUCAUUUCAUUUAUAGUUUAACUUACACAUCCCAGUUUUCAUUUUAGGAAGGCAGCAUUUCUUUACAAGCCAUCCGCCCUGCGAGAUCUCAGGAAAGCUUUGAGGGAAUUUCUUCACACUUGGCCCAAACGUCCACUUGGACUCAAAGAUGAACUGAUUAGAAUUUGGAGGUCAAAGAUGAACUUCACUGUGACGUCUUCGUGUUUUGAGUCUGGACACACCUGGGUGGAGUCUUGACUGGUGGGUGGAGGCGUACAGAAGAGGUCAUUCCAGUUGUCAUCACAUCAUGUUGUAAUGUGGCAUUUUCAAGACUGAUGUAAUGUAUUAUGUAUGUAUAUCGUGAAUAAACAGUCACAUAGUA